AUGUCAGGGUACCAGACACUGCCAAUGUCCAGGGAGGAACUCAACACUAUCUUAGGCUCUGCAGCUCCAAGGCGAGGGGCUGAAGGGUGGGGUCGAGAGAGGGGAGAUUGAGGUUAGCAAGGAAACAUGAGGAUUGGUGGGCUUGAGGGCGCAGUGGCUAGCCUUUGCGAGAUGCAGACAGAGAACAUACCUUAUUCCCUGGG